CGACUUUUCGCGGACAACGACGAUGGUCCAACCCGGGAGUGGACGUGGUCGUUAAUAAAUUAGAACACCUCGUUAACGAAAUCAUAGUGCUUUGCUGAUCGAAUGAUUUUCACUUGAACACUUGAACUGAUUGGUAAUCGACAAGUUUGCAGAUUCAAGGCGAAACGAUGACGAGUUUGCGAGUUUCAGGAUUCUCGCGACGUCUGUUUGUUGGUGUUCUUUUGGCUGGCGUUUUGGCACUGCUGAUUUGUGGGGAUGCGUCCAAGGCCGACGAAGUACCAGCGUUCUUCCUGAAAAUCGCGAAGAAUAUUCCACGCGUGGGACGUAGCGAGGGAUACAAUGACUUCCUUAAAUCACGGAGGAACAUUCCUAAGGUUUCAGUCCACGAGAGUGGUGUACAACGUCGACAACGAAAUAUGGACACGGAAGAAGAGAACCGGCAACGAGCCUGUGGCUUCGGAGGAGAAUUAGCAUAAACGGAGUUACGUGACGACGUUACGGUGCCCAUGGAUGAAUAUACUUAAUGGCUGUUGUCGGUGUAAAAGGUGUUGGGUAAAAUAUCGAGAACAAUAAAUAUGUAAAUAGGAAAUGUAAUACUUUCUCUGCAGAUCGUAUUCUCUUCCCUAUUCAAAAUCAAAUCUUUAUCUUGGAUGUCAGGGGCGUGCGUCCUAAUUUCACGUGCAAUUACAAAAAUCUUUCAUUCGUGUAUCUUGGUCUAAA